GGGCGGGCUGGCUGCGCGUGCGCCGGCGGGGCUCCGGUGCUGCUCCGUGGCGCGGGUGGCGGCUGCUGGUGGCUGCGUCUAGGGACGCGGGGGCUGCGGAGCGACAUCGGGGCCCGGACGGCGCCGUCCGGCUGCAGGCGCCAUGGAGCCGGGCAGCGUGGAGAACCUGUCCGUGGUGUACCAGAGCCGCGACUUCCUGGUGGUGAACAAGCACUGGGACCUGCGCAUCGACAGCAAGACCUGGCGGGAGACGCUGACCCUGCAGAAGCAGCUGCGGCACCGCUUCCCCGAGCUGGCCGACCCCGACACCUGCUACGGGUUCAGGCUCUGCCACCAGCUGGACUUCUCCACCAGCGGGGCGCUGUGCGUGGCCCUGAACAAGGCGGCCGCCGGCAGCGCCUACAAGUGCUUCAAGGAGCGGCGCGUCACCAAAGCUUACCUGGCUCUGGUGCGGGGCCACGUCCAGGAGGGCCGGGUGACCAUCAGCCACGCCAUCGGCAGGAACAGCACGGAGGGCCGGGCCCACACCAUGUGCAUCGAGGGCACACAGGGGUGCGAGAACCCCAAGCCGAGCCUCACGGAGCUGGUGGUGCUGGAGCACGGCUCGUACGGGGGCGACCCCGUCUCCAAAGUGCUGCUGAAGCCGCUGACGGGCCGGACGCACCAGCUGCGGGUGCACUGCAGCGCCCUGGGCCACCCCAUCGUGGGUGACCUGACCUACGGGCUGGCCUCGGGCCAGGAGGACCAGCCCUUCCGCAUGAUGCUGCACGCCUUCUACCUGCGCAUCCCCACGCGGGCCGAGCGCGUGGAGGCCUGCACGCCCGACCCCUUCCUGCCCACCCUGGACGCCUGCUGGAGCCCCCACACCCUGCUGCAGCCCCUCGACCAGCUCGCCCGGGCCCUGCAGGCUGCCCCCGACCCUGAGCCCACAGACAGGGCCCCCCGAGCCUGCAGCCCCUCGGAACCCCUGCCCGGGCCGGGCCGGCCCCCACCGCCCCGCACCAAGCCCCCAGAGACUGAGGCACAGCGGGCCUCCUGCCUGCAGUGGCUGUCGGAGUGGUCGCUGGAGCCAGGCCACUGAGCCGUGGGCCGGGGCUGCCGUGCCGCAGAGCCCAAGGCCUGGCCCUCCGGGGACGUUGCUCCUGGGCGGCAGCCAGGCCUCGGCAGGGCCGGGGGGUCCGCAGGGGGUGAGGACGAUGCACUCUGGCUUGGGGCCGAUGCCGGUCCCCUUCCCACCGUCCCGGGGGCCUCUAGCCAAGAGGCUGGGCCAGGAUCUGGCCAGUGUGCCCCAGGGGGGGCUCCCAGGUGGCUGUGGCCCCCAUGGAGGGGCUGAGAAGUGCCCUGGCCACAUCCCUGGCUGUGGCCCGAAGCCCGCAAGAUUCCAGUAGCUCUGCCCACACUGCUCAGGUCGUCUGACCCCCAGCCUGGCCAGCACCCCCGCAUGGCCCUGUCCCCUGCCCGGCUGGGGUCUGGGCGCGUCUGGCCCACCUCGUGCCUUCGCUUCUGCUGGCCACCUCUGCCCAAGCCUCGUCUAGUGGACUAGGAGCUUGGCGCCGGGCAGGGACGGGGCAGUGGCCGGGGAGCCCUGGCCACACGCGCAUGGUCCUCCAGCCUGACUGCCGAGUCUCCUGGGCGCUGCUGGCCGUAGCGCCCACCGUGUUGCACCUGCCUGGCCCCCACACAGCCACGGGGCCAGUCUCAGCCUCAGAGCCACACCCCUCUUCCCCACGGCCCAGCCGUGCAGAACUGGAAUAAACGCUCUGUGACUAGC